AUGUCAAAAUCGAAGCAGUCAUGCACCAACAAGCAACUAUCUCUUUGGCAAAAUCAUAUCACAGAGGAUUUAUUCGACGGCUUAAAAACUUGCCCAAAUGGCUCCAAAGAGGCGGUUCGAAAUGCACCCAUUCCUGACGAAAGCUUGCGCCGCCGCAAAAGAAAGUCUGGUCGCGAACGGCUGGCAAAGACUGAGAAUGAUAUGAUACGAAAAAUGCUGGAUGCAGUUACCAAAGCCUUGAACAAUACCAUUCAACUAGACUUCUAUCUCUCAGAAUUCGAGCUACAGCGUACAAGGGGCAUCGGCGUUCACACAGCUGGUGUAUUUAAAGGGCUUGACAAGCAGCCCAUACGCUUAACCCGUAGUGGUGGACCAGCGGUUUUGACCGAUAAGGCCGGGAUACCCAUUUUAUGGUAUUUCCCGGAUUUCAUUGGGAAGGGUUUGCAGACAAACCUCAUGAGGACUGUUGCCUCGCUGGCAGGCGUAUAUCGACCAGCUCCAGACAGUGAGAUAUGCGAUCGCAGGACAACCUUACCACAGCUGGUUCAAGAUGAUCCGCACUCAUCAAAGGCGCGUUAUGCAACGAGAAGCCAGACUUCAAGAGCGGCUUUGCAUAUGCCUGAGGACCCUGAAGUGCAUUCAACAAGUCAAGAAGAGCCGAUUGACUUCUCACCAUGUACUAUGGAAGAGCCGGCAUAUGUGCAAGACAAUCAGCUGGUACCACCGGCUUACGAGGAGGUCGACGGUGAAAUCACUAUUGCGGGGCAUUAUACUCCCUUGCUCAGCUUACAUCAAAAUUCAGACUCCGUUCCAGACGACCAGGGGUCCGCGCUUGCAGAUUUGUCCCCCUUCGCCUACUAUCUCUCCCCUGGAUGGUCUCAAACAGGAAUGCAAUACAAAAAACCUAUCCAGAUGUCGGUACAUCUACGUGGUGCGCUUCUUGAAGCCACUAGCGAAACCAUUGCAUUUCUCAAGGCAAAACGCCUUUUCGACAAGCAAAUUAUCAAACUAACGGAUAUUAUUCAGCCUUCUCUCAGCCAGAGUCUACGUAAGCUCAAAGCUCAUAUGUCCGCCAUCCAAGGGCCAACAGGAACCACGGUCACCAACGGAUGGACCAGCGCAUUCCCAUGCUAUGGGGUGGCCGUGAACCGCACUACCGGCAUGCACCGGGAUUCCAAGGGUAUUCGGGCUGGGCUUGACAUCAUCGGCGUGUUGGGCACCUUCAAUUCUGGGGGAGAUCUUGAGCUGCCCGACCUGAAUCUCCGUCUAGAAUGGACACCUGGCGUUCUGGGUGCCUUUGAUGGGUACAACUUUAGGCACAUGGUACAUGAGUGGACCGGGGGCUCACGGGUAGCGCUCAUAUCUUUCUGCCGGCAAUCAACAUGGACAGCGCUCGGUUUAAUGCCAGACGUAUCUCGCCCUACGGUUGCGCAGUGUCGGGGUCAAUUAGAAAGUGCAAAGGAGAGGCGAGCAGCGAGGCAACAAGCGCAUCUUGAGCUACAAGAGGAAACAUCAGGAAUGCGUGAAACCAAGAAGCUCAAGUUUCAUUCAGCUCAAGCAAGUUCAGAAGCUGAUGGGCCGUAG